CCCGUUCUGGAUCUUUGCCAAACUUGUGUCGGGUCGGUCCGUUGCUGUUUAGUAAGCCAACCAUCCAUCCACCGUCGAUCCAUCAGGCAAUCAAUAGGUCAAGAUGGCGUCGAAGAAACAAGGAGGCGCCUUUGGGCGUGACGAGAUGAAUCUGCUUUUGGGUGUUGCCGGAGGCGAUGAGUCGACGGCUGGGAUUGGUACGGCUGGUACAGCGCUGUUGCACGGCCGAGGAAUUGCCGAAACACACAAGAAGCAGAGCAAAGGCAACAAGACACAAGCUGUGGAUUUCUCCACAUUGUCAACAGCAGAAACUGCCGCCUUGAUUCAACAAGAGCAACUCUCCAAAGGCGUCGCCGCCUCUACAAGUCGUCAUCGCGCACAACGAAGUAGAAGCAAGAAAAAGUUGGCGCAUCACGAAUUGUUGGAACAAGAAUUGAUAGCGCAGAAGCAGCAGCAAGCACAACAACAACAACAACAAGUACAGAAACACGACGCUGCUGGGGGCGACACUGAAGAGGAAGAUGAGACGGACUUCGCCGCAGCUGCCAACCGCAAGAAGACACACAACAAACGGGUUCAGUUAGAGCCUCAAAUUGUAGUGGCACAAAAAGACGCACCGAGAAGACAGCGACAGCGUCGGAGACGAUCCAGCAGUAGUUCCUCAGACAGUAGCGCUGAUGACAAUCAAAGGAGAAAACGACAACAAAAGACCCGAAAGGAUUCUUCGUCGGAUGAAUCCGACAACAACGAUAAUAAUAGGCAAAGAAGGAAUCGUCGCAGAAGAUCUUCAUCUUCCUCCUCCUCGUCGUCAGAAGAGGAUGAACGGCGACAACGACGUCUCCAAAAACGACGACAGUUAGAGGCACAGAAUCAAAAACCUGUGCAGAAGGACACAGUCAAGGAAACCAGUGUGGCUCUGGAAAACAGAGAAAAUGAAAAACCAACUAGACAGUCGCCUCUCAAGCAGAUUGAAAAAGCAAAUGGCAAAUCAUCCAAAGCGGAAGACUCUGCAGCAACAGCAACAAAGAAACCAAAAAAGAAACAGCAGCAAGAGUCGUCUUCCUCCUCUUCGGCUUCCGACGGUUCCUCCUCGGAUUCAGAUUCGUCCUCUUCUUCUUCGUCAUCAUCGGAAGAUGAACCAGCUCCUGUCAUGGCCAAACCACUAUUUGUUCCUAAACGAAAGAGAUUACAGCUGGAACAAGAAAAACUAGAGGCCGAACAAGCACAAAAAGAACAGGAAGAACUCGACAAAAAGAACAAAAGAAAACGAAAGCAAGAAUCCAGAGCAAUGGUGGCAGAGAUCGUCUCUACCGGCACAACUAAAUCCUCAACCAACGAUGAUGGAAUGGUUUCCGAAGAUGAAGAAGCACUGGCAGAGCGCAUGCUCAAUGACAAGGAUGAUGACGAACAUCAAGACAAAGAAAGGGAUCUUUGGGAAGUACGGGAACUUGGGCGUUUGUUGGAGGAAAUUGAUCGACUACGAAAGAAGGAACAGCUGGAAGCUGAGUAUAGACGAAGACAACAACUCACGGAUGAGCAGGCGCAGGCCGAAGAUAUGGCAUCCGGGCGAUAUCAACAACCCGGAAGCAAUCGUAUGCACGCUGCCAGUGACAAGGACCAGCCCAAGUUUAUGCAAAAGUACUUUCACCGUGGAGCCUACUACAUGGACGAGGAUGAAUUUGAGGAAGGAGAUGUCCGCCUGCGUGCUAAAGAGUACGAACAAGGAGUCACAGAAUCGGCCAAAUCACGAGGAGACAUUAAAAACCUGCCCAAGGUUAUGCAAACAAAAAAGUUUGGACGUGCCAACCAGUCCAAGUAUCAAGGGUUGGCCAAGGAAGAUACCAGCAAUCGAGAAUCAUCCACCGUGCUGCCACUGGUUCACCAUGGCAAAAAACAUGAAAAGACUACUGACGUUCACAGGCACCGAAAGAACAAGUAACCACUUCAAGGAGAGGCCAGGGUGGUAGAACAUGUAACAAUCCAGUCAAUUCACACUUGUCCGGAACUCCAAGGAGAGGCAGGGAUUUCCUUCAACGCCAUUCUGACAAAUUUGCAAGGCCGCACCAGAACGAAGGAGAUUCACGCAAUAAUCCAUGCACCACGUUGAAAUUUUGAAUUGGAAGUUUCAGGGAUUCGGCUUCAUUCACUGCCACUAUUGUCGCCAAGAAUUGGGUUUUGGUAAUGCCUUGUUGCCGUAUUGUGCCACGACCGAACUCGUUGAGCCUCAUCAGGUGGAUGGCUCUGUCGCGGGUUUUAUCAUGACGACCAGUGGGCUCCAAUGCGCAGGUCUUGAGUGUCGUGUUUUGCUGUAGAAUCUCGCAAAGAGCUUCCGUGUUCAGCGAACGGGGUGAAGAUUGCAGUGUCUCUAGCGAAAUAUUGGUCUUGAGAAUAUCCACGAGGCGCACCAGGUCGAAUGAGAAAAUGGAUGACAAUUCCACGCUUUCCAAUCUGUUUUGCUCCAGCAGACUCAUCAACGGAACUGUCAGGUUCAACUCUGACACUGUACUCGCACCUGGGGCUGAAGGGUUAAAUUCCAUCUUGAGUCGUCUUAGAGACGGCAUCAUGGCCAACAGUUCAAAGACAUCGUCCAGUGUCGACUGGUCCAUGGGACAAUUGUUGAAUGUAACAGAACGGAUCCUCCCUGUUGCAGCGUUUUCUGCGGUACGACUCAUCCUAAAGAGGGAUCCAAUGGAUAGUCUAAUUGUAACCUGUUCGAAUACCAGUUCUCUUGUAGG